AUGUCUGUACCAUCUAGCAGCAAAAACACGGCCACGGGUGUCACAUCUGUUCGGAAAGUAGUCUCUAGUUCUGUUGACAUCGCGGAAGCCUUCAACCAACAUUUUGCAUCGGUAUUUUCUGGCGACACAGAAGAACCUCGCCCCCAAUUACCUCCUAUUAGCUGUCCAGUCCUUCAAGAUAUAUCCCUCUCACCCUGCGAGGUUGCCGCUGCACUUUGUUCACUUGACGUCAGCAAAGCAACUGGACCUGAUGAGAUCUCGGCAAGGCUACUAAAAGAAAGAUCUGAACAGAUCGCACCCUCUUUAACUUUACUCUACAACAAGUCACUCGAGACAGGCGUAUUUCCAGACGAGUGGAAACCGGCAAAUAUUGUGCCAAUACACAAGAAAGAUAACAAAGAUCAUGUUGAGAACUAUCGUCCAGUUACUAAACCUUCCAUUCCACUACGAACUAACCUACGAGGGUCGACUACAAGCUACCGAUUUAGUACCAAUUAUUAG